GUCUGAGUUCUGCUGAGUAGUCUGAACCUGUUUCUCGCUCUGCUGUCGUUCUUCGCUGUAUUUCAAGACACUCAUAUGGGCCCUUUUCCAAGUUGGCGAAUAGAUGUGGAGAUUCUUCUGGGACGGAAAUUGUAUACCCCUACACUGAGAAACAACAAUACACAGCUCGGAUUCUCGUCACAAUUGCUCAUCGCUCUACGAUUCGUCUAGUACCGUCAUCGAAAACGACACUCCCGAGCUCUCGCACCGCACUGUUAUCCUCACGUCUAGAUACUUCGACGGCAUCUUUCAACAUCGCACGGCCUGCAGGCAUCAGUCAGCAACUGCUCCCUACGCUCCUCAUCCUCACCAGUCUAUCUGUCUUUGGCCGAUUCAAUCUACCACAAUUGCAGCAAUCAUGCAAUCCGCGACCCACUCAUUCGCCCGUCGCGACAACAUGGGAUAUGCUAUCCCGCCAUCCCUCAUUGUCUUACUUAUCAUGCUGGGUGCUAUGGCCGUGGUCAUUUGCGGGUACGCCGUCAGCCGGCUUUUGGGUUUCAGUGAGGCCCCCAAUGGAUAUAAGCCACGUUCGACGGAACAGGAAGAGUAUAUGAGAGAAGUCAGGCAGAGAGGCCUCGCGGGUUUUCAUUGGGAGGUCCAAAGGGGGGGCAGAUCCUAGGUGGAAGGCGCGAAAUAUAGAAGAAGGCGGAUGUUUUUCGGAGGAGUAGUGAAUGUCAACAUUGCAUCAAUGAGUACAGGAACACCAGGUGCUGGUGGAGAAUCUGAGGGCGCAUAUAGGGAACGAACCGGGUCGUGGCAAGUUUUUGGGUCCUUAUCUUUCGAUGGCCUAGCAUUAAAUAUUGUACCGGGCCAGGAGUACAGACACUGGGGCAGCACAAGCAACGACUCCGAGCUAAAUCAAUAAAGUCUCCUUAGACAAUCCUAAAUUUAAGCGGCGGGGUUAACCGCAUGUGUCGAAUGCGUCUUAAAGGUUCCGGGACAACAACUGGCAUCUACUCCAAAGCCAUUGUGCUGCUUGCUGCAAUAUAAAAAGGUCAAGCAGAAAAGAUGCUGCUCAUGUUCGCCCCGACCUCACGCAUCGGCCACUCAAUCAAAUCCAACUUCUCUCUU